AUGUUUCCGACCGUCGCGCCUUUUCCUUCGGUGCAUCCUCAUCACCAUAUGCACCCCUAUCCCCCUCACGAUGCUGUAAAUCAAUCUCCCUACGAAGUGAAUGACUCCGCUUUCCCCGCAACGAAUGACCCCUCCAAAUCCUUCUAUAAUCCAAUCUUGCGAUCACGCAUCCAGCUGCCGCAACCUGUCCAACGACUCGAUGUCCCCGAUGCGACGGCCUCUGGGCCCAACGGUCAUGCUACGGCUGAGCAUGCGCUGAGAAGAAAGACUCCGAACGGCACUCUAGCUGCUGGCUACGAUGGAACACUCGGCGAUACUACAAUCCAGCCUGCUACAAAACACAUCUUGGUCUCGCCGAUGGACUCGAACCAAUUUCUGUCCCUUCAGGCAGGACUGCUAGGAGACGUUUGGCAACAGCCUGGCUCCGAUCUGUCAGGGCCCAAGCCCAUGAACUUCCCGCCCGUGUUCAAGAACGAUGUAAUCAACCCUGUGGCCUCUGGAGAGUUUGUUCAGGAUGCCAACGGUACUAGCUGGGUGCGUCCCGUCAACUAUCCGCCAGGCAUCGACUCGGUCUUGAAUCAAAGUUUGCCCUUGCAAGGACCUCAACGAUUCGUCAUGCAUAACGGUGCCUACAUCCCGACUGUUCUGCCAGCUACUCUUCAGCAAUGUGUUGGACCAACUGCCUCGGCCGGCACUGGCCCGUAUGGUCCAUACUGGCCGGACGGCGUAUAUAUUCCAUAUCGCCCUGCAGCCAUUCGUGAUUCGCGUUUCGGUUAUCCUCACCCGACUGGUUUCUUUGAUCCGAACCAGCCGGCUUUCAUCCAAUCUCAAAUACCUUUGGGCAGCCGUCCAGAUACAUCCUUUGCCUGGGGCCAAUCUGCGCCCGGCUUGCCCACGCAGGACCCUCUCAUGAAACCCAUCUUCCCUCCACGACAUUCAGAUCAAUUACCAUAUCAUGCUCGAGUCAGUCGAUCCAUCUCGGGACUUCCAUCGAAUCUAUCUACCAACAAUUCCAUGAAUUGGAAUGGCCGUCCUUCGGCAGGACCCGGUUUCCAGGGCCCAGGCCAAGCAGUGACUGGGAACAUUGAGUUCAAGGAAAAGAUACUCUCCUGGGCCCAUGGUGUCUAUGUCGAUCUCCUCGCCACAAUUCAUCAGGCUCGCCGAAACAGUAUCUCUAACAGCGGUGCUGGUGGCCACAGCCAACGUUUUUUGAAACCGAGCAUCUACCCAAAACCUCCCCGCCAGCCAGGCCUCGACUUCUCUCAGAAUCCCUCCAAUAUCCCCCGUCAUAAUAGCUACCCAUCCAGCCAAUAUGAUUUACGACGGCAAAAACUCGACCUGUUAGCUAAUCCCAGGAUAAAUGAUUCCCACUCCACCCCACUCCCACAAAACAGCACACACGGUAGACGUCCAUCAUUGAGCCAAUUCUCUCAACACCACCACAGGGGCUCAGACUCGCAGAUAAGAGAUGCUGGUCGAUUCUCAGUAUCUGCAACUGGAUCUCGGUUCUCGGGCUCUCCAUUCAAUGAAGGGUCUCCCGUCAACAACGCGGCAUCUGCUCUGGAAAUGCUAUCUCAUCUUUGCAUGGAAAGCAAUUGGGAAUGGAUUGAUGGGAUGCUUCUUGGUGGCUGCUUGGCUUACGGAUUGGGUGAUUACCACAAGGCUAUGCGAUGGUAUUCGAGGAUUAUUGCUCGUGAUUCGACUCACGUGGAAGCUAUCUCCAAUCUUGCCGCAACGCUGUUGGCGCUUGAUCGUCGAGAAGAGGCUCUGCAGAAUUGGCUGCGUGCCGUCAAACUACGACCGAGUUUCUUUGAGGCCGUCGAGCAUUUGAUUGGCCUGUUGUGCACCAGCCACCGCGGCAGGGAAGCUGUCAACAUCAUCGACUUCGUGCAGACAUCCCUCCGCCAUCCGAAGGAUGGGGAUUGCUUCAAGGCGGAUGAGCAUGCCAGCGAGCCGGAAAGCGAUGUCGAGAGCAACGUGUCCGAUAUUGCGAUGUAUGAUAAGGCAUCAUUCGACUACGAUGAUGAUAUGGGACAGGUCCAUGGCUUCAAUCUGGGUUCACCCGAUACUUCUACACCCGCUGGCUUUGCGACCAGUGGGUAUGCUAUACCUGGCUCAGACAAUGGGCGAAUGCUGGCUUUGAUACAUGCCAAGGGAAACAUGUUGUAUGCCCUCGGUGAUAAUGCAGGAGCUGCGUCUGCUUUCGAGGAUGCCGUUUUGAUUGCUGCUGGUAGAAGACGGCAUGGUAUCCAGAGCCUUAUCAAGCAAAUAUUUGCUGCCUUCUCGUCUCAAACAAGCAACGGAUACCACCAGCCCGAGCCAGAGUCUAACGAGAGCGUUCUGUUGUAUCCAGACAGAGCUCUUCAGACUUCGAAACUCGUCUUCCAGGGUGGUGGAACUCCGCCCGGGUUGAAAUACGUGGCUGAAGGUAUCUCCCGGAAUGCCGCUGUUUCUACUACCAGCAACUCCCUCCUUUCCUUGGCCAAAAUCUAUCAGGAUGGAAUGUCGACCGUUUCGUCUGGAGCGCCGAAGUCCACACCUGGCGUGCGGGAUAUCCUCGCUCUUUACUACCUUUCUCUCUCCUUGCAGCCGAGCCCAUCGACUGCUAACAAUGUUGGCAUCUUGCUGGCUGGUAUUCAAAACAAUCCACCGGCUCGGGGAUUGGUCCGUCCUAACGGCGAGAGCCAGCAUCCUCAUAUACCCGGCGUUGUGCCUGGCAGCGGUAUCUCUUUGGCAUUGGCAUAUUACAACUACGGACUGCAUCUCGACUCUCGCCAUGCUCACCUGUAUACAAACCUGGGCAGUCUACUCAAGGAUAUUGGUCAACUCCAGGCCGCGAUCAAGAUGUACGAGCAAGCCGUUCAAUGCGAUGGUAACUUUGAUAUCGCCCUGGCCAAUUUGGCCAACGCUGUUAAAGACGCUGGUCGUGUCAACGAUGCCAUCUCCUACUACAAGCGUGCAGUCAAGGUGAAUCCCGACUUCGCCGAGGCGGUAUGUGGACUAGCCAAUGCUUUGAAUUCGGUGUGCAAUUGGGUCGGUCGCGGAGGUAUUGUCAAUAGCCGUGGCUUCCGCGAUCGCUGGCACGUGGACGAGAAGGGUAUGCUUCGGGAUGCCCAAAGUAGCGACUCGGGAGUUGGCUGGGUCAAGAGAGUUGUCGACAUCGUUGACCGACAAUUGCGUGAAGGCGAAUACUGGGGCCGGGGACUUUUGACCCCGAACACGGCCGAGCAGCUCGUUGCUCAAUUAGCCAUUGCACUUGACUCUGGUCCAGUGGCCUCCAAUCGCCUGUUGUCCUUGGCCAAGGUUCUUCAGUCUUGGGCUGGCAAGAAAUGGGAGGGGUCACGAAUUGUCCGUCUGGUUGAGCGUGCUAUACGGUCAAUUACAUGGCAGUGGUAUCAGGAUCGCUAUGUUUAUGGCAAAGACUAUCCUGCUUCGAAGUACCGUCGACCCCAACUGCCAACAGCUCUCACGGCUCCGAAUGCCCCUACAGUUCUCCCCUUCCAUACCUUCACUUGCCCUCUGUCUGCCAAGCAGAUCCGGCAAAUCUCCCAACGCAAUGGCCUGCGCAUCUCAUGCUCAACACUGCGUUUGCCCUGGCUUCCUGCGACUGUUUACAGACCACCUGCACCCCCAAAGCCUUACCUUCGAGUUGGCUAUGUGUCCUCGGACUUUAACAACCAUCCUCUGGCUCACUUGAUGCAGUCCGUAUUUGGGCUGCACAAUCCCAACAAGGUGAAAGCGUACUGCUACGCGACGACUUCCAGCGAUAAAUCAAUCCACCGCCAACAGAUCGAGAAGGAGGCACCUGUCUUCCAUGACGCCAGCGGAUGGCCGGUCGACCGACUGGUCCAGCAGAUCGUUGACGAUGGGAUCCACAUCCUGAUCAACUUGAAUGGCUACACGCGCGGAGCGCGCAAUGAGGUCUUUGCCGCUCGGCCUGCACCUAUUCACAUGUCAUUCAUGGGGUUUGCAGGCACUCUCGGCGCAGAGUGGUGCGACUACAUCCUCGCUGAUCAGCUCUCCAUUCCCCCGGAAACCUUGAGCCCCGGACGACGCACUACGAGGAUUGAGGAUCGGAUGCUCGAGGAUGAUAACUGCGAGGACAUGGAGGAUUGGGUCUACGGCGAGAAGAUCGUUUUCACUCGCGAUACGUUUUUUUGCUGCGACCACCGACAGAGUGCACCAGACGCAGGGGAGCGACCGCUCUCUUGGGAUGAAGAGCAGAUGCGCCGCUGGAGGAUGCGUAAGGAACUAUUUCCGUCACUUAGAGAUGAUACUAUUAUUUUGGGCAACUUCAAUCAGCUGUACAAGAUUGAACCCACUACAUUUCGAACAUGGCUGCGUAUUUUGGCACGUAUUCCCAACUCUGUUCUCUGGCUACUGCGGUUCCCGGAAACGGGUGAACAGAAUCUUCGGGAAACUGCCAAGGCAUGGGCCGGUGAAGAAACGGCUUCCCGAAUCAUCUUCACCGACGUGGCGCCGAAGAACACGCAUAUUGCGCGGGCCAAGGUCUUGGAUCUUUUCCUUGAUACGCCCGAGUGCAAUGCACACACGACAGCAACCGACGUUCUUUGGAGUGGAACCCCGCUGCUCACGCUCCCGCGGUACAAGUACAAGAUGUGCUCGCGGAUGGCAAGCAGCAUCCUGAGCAGCGCGCUCCCAGGUGGCGAAGAGGGCCAACGGGCCCGCGGGGAACUCAUUGCGACUUCGGAUGACGAUUACGAGAACAAAGCCAUCCGACUGUGCAUGGAUCUGCAAUACAUGCCUGGUGGCGAGGGCCGCGCGCGCGGUCGAUUGGCCGACAUUCGACAGAUGCUGUUUAUGCAGCGAUACAAGAACAAGCUAUUUGACACGGCGCGCUGGGUGCGUGACCUGGAAGAUGCUUACGAGGCGGUAUGGGCGCAAUGGGUAAAUGGCGAAGAAGGCGAUAUCUGGUUAUGAUGUGCACAGCGAAUUAUACCCCUUGAGCGAUUUUUCUUCUUUUGGUUUGGAACUGGAUCUGGACAUGUCUGAGAUUUGUUUGCAUCUACCUGGGUACUUUCUGAUCUAUACUGGAUUUUGUGAUAUGAUCUUUCUUUACGUAACCUUUUCUUUUCUCCCAUUUGGGAUUUGCCUUCUACCAGAGAUGGCCGUGGUUUGCCCACAAUACUCCUCUACCCAAUCUUUGGAAUGACCUGCUACAAUUUCCUUCCUUGAUUCUUAUUUCCCAUCGACUUGCCUACUGGCAGUUCUGCUUCUUUUCUUCAAAUUGAGAUUCAUGUGUCUGUGCCUGAUUUGUACACUUGGAAGUCGGGACCUGGGAUAUGCGGUGACUCCCUAACUUCUAGCUGCUAUAUAGAAUGUCUUUGUUUUGGAUACAUUUACGAUAGGCUUCACUGAAGCCGGGGAAUGCAUUCAUUUCCAGAGAUGGG